UACAAAGGGUGCCAAAACUACAAAUAGUCAACUAAAGGGAGCUUAUAUCCCGACCACUCUCCUAUAGAAAAAUGCAACACACCCCAUCAUGCAUGGGCAUCAAUAAAACAUGGCUAGCUUCUUGUAUUUCUUCAUAUAAACGCUCUCAUAUUGUUUGAGUUAUCUCUUCCUCAUUCUCUUCAUGAAGACAAUUCAGUAGAGUUUCAUCUAUAUCUUGCCUCCAAAUCUAAAUAUGCGGUUCGAUCCAAAGUUUGUUAAGAGUUUUAAGAGCUUCACCCCCGUUGAAAACCGAAGAUUUGGAUUAGGGAUUCUUGCGGCGCUCGUGCUCUCAGUCACUUAUCUCUCACCAUCGGCAUUCUACUCAUUUCCGUUGUACGAUGUAAAUUCACAUUCAUCGUCGAUGAAUGCAGCUCCUACAAGUCAAAUGACACCUGAAUCAAUGACUAUGAGCAAUGUAAAUCAAUCAACCAAUGCUUCUGAUACUACGAAAAGAGAUCAUAAUGGUACUCAAUUGCUUUUAGAUUCAAAGGAUGGUGAUCAAUUGAAAAUUCUUCCUGAUAUCAUGGUGUCAAAUAAUUCUCUUAAUUUGACUCGGGAACAGGUUGCAAGCAAUUCAAAACUGUUAUCAGGGAAUAGUACAGCCUCAGAUGAGAAAUUUACCAAACACAACGAUCUCAAAAUCUCUAAAUUGAAAAUGGAGGGAAAUUCAUCGCUUUCGAUGAGUUCUUCUACUUCAAGCAAAACUACUAAUACAACUCAGAUACUACUUCCAAGCAAUUCAAAUUCAAAAUCAGUUACAGAGGACACAAAACCAUUAUGCGAUUUGUCGAACAGAAGAUCAAACGUCUGUGAUAUGUAUGGCGACAUCAGAAUCCACGGGAAGUCAUCUUCCAUAGUUUUCGUGAAACAAACGUCGCAAAGUAAUGAAACAUACAAAAUCAAACCCUACACUCGCAAAACUGACCCCUCAGCAACAGCUCGAGUCACUGAACUAACCGUCAGAGCAUCCAACGAGAACGAAACUCCUCAUUAUUGCACUCUCUACCAAGAUAUCCCUGCAGUAGUGUUCUCAGUCGCAGGAUACACCGGAAACUUCUUCCACGACUUCACUGACAUCUGGGUCCCACUUUUCUUGACAUCCUACCAGUUCCAGGGGAAAGUCCAGUUCCUGGUUUCCAAUUACCGUUCCUGGUGGAUGAACAAAUAUCGUCCUAUAGUCACGGGUUUAUCGAAAUACGAACCGAUUGAUCUUGACCAUGACGAUCGAGUCCAGUGCUUUCAGCGUGUAAUCGUAGGCCUCAACACCCACGCUGACCUAAAAAUCGACCCAUGGAGAUCGCCGGGUAAUUAUUCGAUGCUGGAUUUUAGGAAAUUCCUUCGAAAAGCGUACUCACUUCCGCGAGAAAGUCCACUUACGCGAAACAAGAAGAAGAAGCCGAGGCUUUUAGUCAUAUCAAGAAGCCGGACACGAAAAUUCACUAAUCUCAAAGAGAUCAUAAAAAUGUCAGAGAAGCUAGGCUUCGAGGUGGUGGUGGGCGAGGCGGAGCAGAACGUGGCGCGCUUCGCGCGCUUGGUGAACACGUGCGACGUCCUGAUGGGCGUGCACGGCGCGGGCUUAACAAACUCCUUGUUCUUGCCUACAAACGCCGUGUUCAUCCAAAUUGUUCCCUGGGGGGAAUUGGAGUGGAUAGCAAAGACUUUUUUUAGGGAGCCGGCUAAAGGAAUGGGGCUGAAGUAUUUAGAGUAUAAGAUUGGGUUAGAGGAGAGCACACUUGUAGAGUUGUAUCCUAGAGAUAGCCCUUGGUUGAGUGAUCCUUUGAGCUUGGCUGGCAAGCAUGGAUGGGCUUAUGUCUCAGAGAUAUAUCUUAGGAAACAGAAUGUGAAGCUUGAUGUUAAGAGGUUCAGGCCUGUUUUGGUCAAGGCAUAUGAGCUUCUUCAUGAAAACUAGGAACAUGAAGCAUGUAUACUUUUUUUCUUUUUUUUCUUUUUUCUUUUUUAUUUUUGGGAAAUUGGAUGGUUAUUUUGUGGUGGUAUAUAUAGAUGGAUAUCCACAUUGCCAUAAUCGUGUAGUCAACUAGACAUUAAUGAAGAGCUCUCUUCUGCAUUUGUAAU